AUGGCUUCGUAUAGCAAACAGCAGGAGAUUAACUAUUCGGACAUGGAAAUAGAAGAUCCUUCGGAAAGAGUGAAAAAAAUCUCCAGAAUGGAGCUUUAUACUAUUAUCAAAGAGUUCAAAGGAAAGAAGAUUGAAGAAAAAUUUUCGCUGUUGGAAGAAAGACUUGUGCAACUAACUUCAUGUCCACCCAAAGAAACAACGGUUCUUACCCGUUAUUUAAAAUAUUUCAAGACCAGUUUCAAAGAAAGAUGGUCGGCAGCCCGUAAUACUGAUAAGAGAUUCGUAAAAAACAAUAUGGAAUGGCUUAAUGUAUCACUGGAACUACCUACUUGGACCCACAAAGCAGGCCGACCAACAAAAGAAUUCAGAGAAUUGUGUGAUCGAAGCAAGCGUCGAAGAACACAAGAUUUACGGGACCGGGUACCUGUUGAGGAAUUGACGUACGCUGCAAGAGUGAGUCAAGGUACUUCGGGAAAUAUUGAUGCGUCUAAGAUUAUAAAAGAAAUAACGUCAACGCCAACCAGAGCUAAAAUGUUCCGAAAAGCAAUAUCGUCAGCUAAAAACGUACCAAUUGCGAGAAAAUACACACCACAAGAAGCAUUAGCGUUAUUUGUAGAAGGUAAUUUUACAAGAGGGCAGUGGGAAUUAUUACAAGGUGGCCGAAAAGAAAUUUAUCCUUGCUAUUCGCUUUUACAAAAAGCGAAAAAGGAGUGUUAUCCCGCCGAAGAUAGCAUAAAAGUUACUGAAACUAGCUUCGAAGUGGAACUUCAAGCUUUGCUGGACCACACGGCUUUGCGACUACUUCAGUAUUUAAAAGAAGUGAUUGGAACAUUAUCAGAGUUGGAGAAACAACAUCUUACCUUAAUAUCAAAAUGGGGCUGUGAUGGAUCUAAUCAGACACAGUUUAAGCAGACAUUUUCCAAUACUGGUGACGAUGAUGCCAAUAUAUUUUUAAGUUCUCUUGUACCUGUGAGAAUGAUUGUUUCUAUUAAUGGAGAGACAAGAAAAAUUAUAUGGCAAAAUCCAGUGCCUUCUUCGGUGAGAUUCUGUCGUCCUAUCCGGGCUCGGUUCAUUCACGAAACAAAGGAUAUCACAAAGGAAGAAAUCACCUAUAUUGAAGAACAAGCAAGGAAUCUCAAAGAAACUACUGGUAUGGAAGUUUCGGUUAAAAUAAAUCACAACAUUUUGCUCACAAUGGUCGAUGGAAAGGUGUGCAAUGCCGCGACUGAUACGGCUUCAACAAUGAGAUGCUACAUAUGUGGACAAACAUCUAAGGACUUCAAUAAACUUGAAAUAGGUAAUGUUUGUGAAGAGUCUCUAAAAUUUGGACUAUCCAUUCUGCACGCGAGAAUUCGUUUCUUCGAGCUAUUGUUGCACCUGGCGUACAAAGCGCCCUUACAGAAGUGGCAAGCCCGAACGGCAGAAGACAAAAAUAUUUUGAAAGAAACAAAACAGAAAAUACAAAAAAGCUUCAAAGAAGAGAUGGGCCUUCUUGUUGAUAUACCCAAAGAAGCUAUUAGUAUGCUUCUCACGAAAACACUGAAUUGUGACAGUUCCAAUGACGAAGAUUAUGAGGACCAAAUCACCUGUGAACUCGGAGACAGUGAUUCUGAUUGA